CUGCGCAUGCGCGUUGCGAAUUGUAGCGACUUCCUGCCAAAUAGUUGUCCCUAACAACACACAGCACCCCACCGAGGGAAUUUCAGUUAAAGGAAAUAUAAAGUUUCCUCGGAAGUUGCACUUGGUGACAUGGGCCUUGGCCAAAGCAGAAGCAGCAGAGACUGACGGUGCAGAUUUACCCACAGCCAUGGACGACUCGAAAGAGGUGCCCGAGCUACCUAUAAAGAAAGCUCGGCAUGAUCCAGAAGUGAAUCAGGAGAGUAAUUCACGAAGUGUGGCUGCUAAUGACUCUCCUAACCGGAAUGAAUCAACAGCUCGGACAGACAUCAAUUCAUAUCCACCGUCAUCUGUCGCUCACUUGCACACCAUUCCUGGAGGUCCAGGCCGAUCAAAUCAAGAGACGAUAUCAAGAUCCCAAGGCUGUGUCUCAGAAAAUGCAUAUGAUCAUAAUGCAGUGACGUGCAAAGACCUCACCACAACCACAGCCACUGAAUAUACCUCACAGAUCUACCAAGGAAGCAACAAUGCUGUCACUGCAUAUGCCAGUCAAGUGGCUUUCCCCUCCCUGGGCCAGUCGACCGUAUACAGCGGCUUUCCUCAGUCCGGUCAGACGUACGGACUGCCACCAUUUGGCGCCAUGUGGCCGGGCUUAAAGACAGAGUCGCAGCUGCCCGAGUCACCCUCUGUUGGUCAGAUGGGGUUUCUCAGCUUCAGCUCAGCCUAUACCUCAACCCAACCCAACCAGAUCCACUACUCCUACCCCAGCCAAGGUUCGUGUUUCACUACAUCCAGUGUGUACAGUAACAUCCCACCAGCAACAGCUGUGACCACAUCUACCAACACACAUCAGGAGUUUUCAAGCUACAGCUCUCUUGGUCCGAGUCAGUUCUCGCAGUACUACGCUCCUCCUCCCAAUUAUCUGUCCGCUGGGUUGCCCAGCGGUGAUAGAGAUGGAGCAGGUGUAGUGGCACCUGAAUAUCCAGCUGUUAAAACUGAAGGCAGUGCCUCAGCAAACCUGCCCGACACAACAGAUGCAUCUCCAGAUGUGACGAUCCCAACAGGUGUUGCUCUGCCUGCUGGGAUGGCCCUCCCCACAGGAGCACGGGACCAAGAUGAGACCAACCCCAAAAACCCUCCUGGCAAAACUAAAGGCAAAGCUAAGAAAUCUGAUGGUUCCCAAUCCACAGACAAUGACCUUGAGCGCAUCUUCUUAUGGGAUCUGGAUGAAACCAUCAUCAUUUUCCAUUCUCUUCUCACCGGCUCAUUUGCACAGAAGUUUGGCAAGGAUCCAGCGACCGUUCUCAAUCUGGGUCUUCAGAUGGAGGAGCUGAUCUUUGAGCUCGCAGACACUCAUCUCUUCUUCAACGAUCUGGAGGAAUGUGAUCAGGUUCAUGUUGAUGAUGUCGCCUCAGAUGACAAUGGGCAGGACUUGAGCAACUACAGCUUCUCCAGCGAUGGCUUCAGCGGGCCCAGUGCGGGCGGUGGUCCAGGGUCCACCGCAGCGGUACAGGGAGGAGUGGAGUGGAUGCGUAAGCUGGCCUUCAGAUAUCGCCGCCUCAAAGAGAUCUACAAUGGAUUCAAAGGGAAUGUGGGAGGUCUGCUGAGCCCAAUGAAGAGAGACCUUUUGCUCAGGCUACGCUCUGAGAUCGAGACUGUUACAGAUGCCUGGCUGAGCACUGCCCUCAAAUCUCUCUUGCUCAUUCAGUCGAGGGGCAGAUGUAUGAAUGUUCUGGUCACCACCACUCAGCUGGUUCCCGCUUUAGCUAAAGUGCUUCUCUAUGGCCUGGGUGACGUCUUUCCUAUCGAGAACAUCUACAGCGCCACUAAAAUAGGAAAAGAGAGCUGCUUUGAGCGUAUCACCUCUCGUUUUGGGAAGAAAGUGACCUAUGUUGUUAUAGGGGACGGUCGUGAUGAAGAGUUUGCAGCAAAGCAGCACAGCAUGCCAUUUUGGCGAAUCUCUUCUCACGGAGACCUGACUUCCCUUCACCAAGCUCUGGAACUGGACUUCUUAUAGAUGGAGCUGGAGGUAAGACAUGGAUCUCCCCAGCUGCACCCAUCAGCAAUCCCAUCCACCAUGGAGCAGCUGGUGUAGACUCUGGGAUGUUAGCGGUCACAGACAAGAACUCAAGAUGUUAUGUGACACGACCUCACAAGCCCUCCAUUCCCUCACUGGCAGCUAUCCUCCGCUUAGGUUGAAUCUUGCACUGGGACGACACACAACCGUACAAGAGGAAAAAACUGUCUCACUGCAUCUUUCUCUUGGAAAAAGCAUGUACUUUACCAUCUUCAACAUAACUGGAUUCACCAAAGGAACAAGUCAUGACCAAAGGUCUGCACUGGUACAGCAACCUAGGAUAAAACAAAGUCUUUUUCUGCAUUCUUUUAAAGGGCCGAAAAGUAAGUUGGAGUCAUUUUGAUUUGCACUCAUUCCAAAGGUCAGAUUCUUAUGAGAAGGCAGGUUACAUGCUUUAGAAGCCUCCAAGAAAUGAUGCAAUUGUUUCAGUUCUUAAAAUGAAUUGCAGAUGUGGCCUGUUUAACAUCUGGGUACAGAUGGUACCAAUAAGGUCUAGCAUAGAUCCCACUUUUACUGUGACUAUUGAUUUUUUCAAAAUGUUCUUCGGUUCCUGGGAUCUACUUUUGUUUACUCUUCAUACACACUUCAUAGUUUCAGCUUUAAAUUAGGCAAUGUGACGAAAUACAGAGUGCCUAAUGGAAACCAUUUGUUUUUGUACAAUUUGUCCCUCUUUUUCUUUGAAAGAAUAAAUCGGCCAAAAAUGAGAAUUCAAAUUAUUUGUUACUUUUGUUCCAAUGUUCCAAUGUCCUCAAGUCAAAUACAUCUAGUGUGUAAUCUGAUACAAGUCAUAAUGAGUACAGGCUUAAAUUUGAAUGAUUUACAAACAGUCUAACCCUUUGUUUAGCUCUAAAGUCUAACUGCGUUAUUAGUGAUUUGAUUAUUUCAGAAAAAUGGAUCUCAGAAACCUGUCUCUAGUUUUAAUGUAUGGAAAAGUGCAGCAUUUUUGUGUUAAGAAAGUUGAGUUUUAUGGGUUUGAAACAACAAAACUAUUUUUGGUUGAGCCAUUUCUUUAAAAAUCCAUUUCAAGGUGAUGUUUUAAGGGGAACAUAGGCUCCUGGAUUGAUACUGUCCCGUUAAAUAUCUAUAAUGCAAUUUUGAGCCACGUGAACUUACUGAAUUCUCGUCCCCUGAGGAAAGUCACAUGGUUGAGUGGGAUUUUGUAAAAUUACCUCUUGCAUAUAGCCCAAAUUCCCCAUGGAUUAGAAGCUUCAAGGCCACAGCCUGUGACCAUUUUCAUUCCUCUGUACAUGUUUGGGAGAAGAACUGUGUGAUAGUGUGCAAUACAUUUCUGGUCAGUGAUAAUUGAUUUUCAGUUUUAGUUGAAGGUGGUUUUACGAGCUGGCUUGGGUGUAAUAUUCCUUACCGCUGUGAGAUUUUGACUGAACAUUACUGAGCCUGAAGAAAUAGCAUUUUUACUCAAGCAGCUUCGACAAUUAAGAAUGUGUAAUCUUCAGUUGUUUGCAUAGAUGUGUGUGUUUGUGUGUGUGUAUUUUUAUUUUUUUCUGUAUAUAUUUAUUGUGCCUUUUUACUAUAAUCAACAUUCAGUAAGUGUAUUAUCUUAAAAGGGAAUUAUUGAAAUAUGACAAACAUUAUGUCUGUACUUUUGAUGUGCUCUGACUUAUUUUCUGCAGAAAUCAUGUUCUCCAUAGCUCAGCCAAUCAGAUGCUGUUGUUCUUUAACUUGAAUCAUAAAAAACUGCUCUUCUGGUGCUUUUUCCCCCCCAUGUCCUACUUUGUUUCUUUGCAUUUUUUCAGGAUUUUUUAUUUUAUUUAAUCCGUGUAUCCUGUCUAUUAUCUACACUAAUGACACUAUCAUUGUGAGAUAUUGGGAUGUGUUACUAAUGCAUAGACAAUCAAGGGAUGUAACGGCUUUUUUAGCCAGAGAAUAAAAGCUCUAUCUCGCCCUGAGCUCGAGCUUUUAGAUCAUUUGGAGAACUUCUGGCUUAUUGAAACUGGCUGAAGAAGCAAAUAUCUGUACCUACACUGUUUAUGGGUUUGUGUAAGUGACGUUAAUUAAAUACUUUGAGGCUGGUCUA